UUAAAAAAAUAGAGAUUGAAUGCCACGACGUUGGGCGCCAUUUCUGGUUCGUACAUAAAUUGUGGAGAAAACGAAGAGAAACCAACACAAUUGACAUCCAUGACAUUGACACCUGAAGAUCUGCUGAACCACCCCAUCCCCGCCCUAAAAUUGACCCUCGGUUGCCCCAUCCUAGACUGCUCUCUCAACGGCGGCGUCCCAUGCAAUUCAAUAACCGAAAUAGUUGCCGAAAGCGGCACCGGCAAGACCCAACUCUUCCUCCAACUCUCCCUUAACGCCCAGCUCCCACUCUCUCUCGGCGGCCUCUCCGCCUCCUCUCUUUACAUCCACACCGAAUUCCCAUUCCCAUUCCGCCGCUUGCACCAACUCUCCGAUUCAUUUCAGUCUCGACACAGUCAAAUAUUUACCAAUAAUAACGUUAAUCCGUGUGAUAAUAUAUUUGUAGAAAGUGUACAGUCUGCCGACCAACUGUUCGAUAUAAUGCCUAAGAUAGAAUAUUUUUUGUUAAAUUCGAAACUGAAGCUUCCUGUUAGGUUAAUUGUGAUUGAUUCUAUUGCAGCUCUUUUUAGGUCCGAGUUUGAGAACACGGGAAGCGAUUUAAAGAGGCGAUCGUCCUUGUUUUUCAAGGUUACGGGGAAGUUAAAGGUAUUGGCAAGGCGGUUUAAUUUGGCUGUUGUUGUGAGUAAUCAAGUGGUGGAUUAUAUGGGCUCUGGUGAUGGAGUAAAUGGUGUGAGGAUUGGUAAUUUGAGCAGCUUGUGUUCCUCCGGAAGAAGGGUUUGUCCGGCAUUGGGGUUAGCAUGGGCUAAUUGUGUGAAUUCGAGGCUUUUCUUGUCGAGGCAGGAGAAUGGCGAAGGGAAUGGAGGCGAAAGGCGGCUUCAUGUCGUCUUUGCGCCUCAUUUACCCUAUUCGUCAUGCGAAUUUGUUAUUAAAAGAGAAGGGGUUUUUGGAAUUCAAAGAUAAUGGCUUUUGUUUUGUACAAUGUGGCUUCAUCUGAAGGUAAGGUAUAGAUUUUCCCUGGAAAUUUCGGAAAGGAGAAUUUGCUAUAAUCCAUGUCAUGAAGCAUGCGCAAGGUCAUACGAUGGAUAAAUAUCCGAUCCUGGCAAGAUCGAGCACUGUCCUUUUAUCGUUAUUCUUGCUUCACCAACAUAGUGCUCUGGACCUUCUCGAGCCUUCAUCGUUAGGAUACUUCCAAUUUCCAUAACAUGGCAACUAGCUAGCUAUGCUGCUGUCGAUGUAAAAAGUUUGAAAUAGCUAUUAAACAGAAAAGAAUGCAGAAUAUUUGUGUUAAUUAUGCUGCUAUAUUUACAACACUCUUAAACGCAAAAGAAACCAAAUGACAUCUGUAGUGGAAAUUAACUCAAAAGAAACCAAAGGACAUCUGCCCUUGUUCUUAUAUA